UGAAAAGUGAAAAUUACUUAUUUUAUUUACUCUUAAAUAAUAUUGUUAAGUUAAGAGUAUAUUUGUACAAAGAGGAAAAGAGGGAGAGAGAGAGAAAAAGAAGUUGAAUAUAUAAGUAUAACAAUAACAAAUGUACUAACUACUCGUUUAUGAGAAAUACAUAAUAUAAAAAAUUGAAACAUUUUUAUGCUACUACAUUAUUUCUAUUUCUGGAUAUAAAAUAAUUAAUAACUGUUUUCAAAGGUGAUUUAUUUAAAUAAUCAUAUAGUAAAACACUUACACUUACUGCAUACUUUUAUAUAUUGUAUAAAUACUGUGUAUUCAAUAUAAUCAGAUUAAAAUAAAAUAAUUCAAUAUUUUUUGAACUCACAAAUUAAAAAAAAUGGCAAAUAAAUAUAUUACAUUAAUAUUUACAAUAUUAUUAAUAUUUAAUAAAUGGAUACCAAUAAAUACAUAUCCAAGUGGUGCUCCUGAAUCUGUUUGUCAAACAAUGUUACCAUUUCAUGGAGGUGGUAUACCACCGCAAAAUACAGCAUCACCAUUUCGAAUAGAUACAACAUCAACAGUUAUUGGUCAAGGACAAACGAUGCGUAUUGAAAUUAAUGCAAAUCCACCAGAAUUAAUAUUUGAAGGUUUUAUGAUACAAGCAAGAAGUCGUAAUCCACCAUAUCAAGUUGUUGGACAAUUUAGUGAAAUACCAGAUGGUAAAAUUAAAUUAAUGAAUUGUAAUGGAGUUGCAACAUCAGCAACACAUUCGGAUACAUCACAAAAGAAAGGAUUAAGUUUAGAAUGGAAUGCACCAGUUGAUUUUCUUGGACAAAUUAUGUUUAAUGCAACUGUUGCUCAACAAUAUCAUCAAUUUUGGACUGGUAUACCAUCAGAACCAGUACAAAUUGUAAAACGUGAAGCAGCUCCUCCAGGCGUUAUUGGAAUAUCAAGUACAAGACGUCCAGUAACAUCAACACCAGAAGUUGUUUUUAAACCAGAAGCAGUUGAUGCUGUAAGUAUUACUAAGAAAAAGACUAAUAAAUUUUGGAAUAAUAAAAUUAUGCUUUCUUGUUUGAUUUUAUUAAAGCCAAAACAAACAGAUCCAUUCUAUCAGGGUUGUGGUGAUACAAAAACAUGCUUUGGUGUACCAGAUGGCUGUUUAAAAGAACAAAACUGUCGAGCUUUAUCUUCAAUUAAUGUUCGUGGUGAAAUUUAUGAAUUCGAAUUAAAAUCCACAUUACAGAAUGCCAGAUAUGUUGCUGUAGGCAUUUCUGAAGAUAGUAAAAUGGGUGAUGAUUUGGCAUUAGAAUGUGUUCAAGAAGGUAAUAAAGUUAAUCUAUAUACAUCAUGGUUAACUGGAAGUCCAAAUUAUGGUGCAUCAAGAUUAUUAGCUCCUCAAAAUACUGCACGUUUAAUAACUUCAUCGUAUAUAAAUGGUGUUAUACAUUGUAAAUUCCAAAAAGAUCCAAAAACAACAGUACAAGGCAAAACAAUUGAUUUAAUUAAUAAACAAUAUCAUUUACUUUUGGCAACUGGUAUUGCUUUAAAAGAUACCGGUGUUGGUUAUCAUCAAAAUAAUCGUUUAGCGACAGCAUCACCAUUUUAUUUUUCUGUUGUACAAGGUUUAUCUGGUUCUUCAACAUUAUUACUACGUUUACAUGGUGCUUUUAUGGUUGCUGCAUGGAUUGGUUUCACAUCACUUGGCAUAGCAUUGGCAAGAUAUUUUAAACAAACUUGGGUUGGAAGUCAACUUUGUGGAAAAGAUCAAUGGUUUGCUUGGCAUAGAAUUUGUAUGGUGACGACAUGGUCAUUAACUAUGGCUGCUUUUAUACUUAUAUUCGUUGAAAUUGGUGGUUGGUCAGCUGAAGAUAAUCCCCAUGCUAUAUUAGGUGUUAUAACAACAGCUUUAUGUUUCUUUCAACCUAUUGGUGCUUUCUUCCGGCCAGCACCAAAUUCAAAAAAUCGUCCAAUAUUUAAUUGGUGCCAUUGGUUAGGUGGAAAUUUAGCUCAUUUAUUAGCACUUAUUACAAUAUUCUUUGCUGUUAAAUUAACAAAAGCUGAGUUACCUGAAUGGAUGGAUUGGAUUUUAGUAGCAUAUGUUGCAUUCCAUGUUUGCAUGCAUUUAAUAUUUUCAAUAUUCUAUUGGUUACAGAUUGCCGGUUGUGCUUCUGAUCGUCAUGCAUCGAAACGUGUUAAUACAUUCCCAAUGACUGAUAUGAAUGGUAGAAAUAAUUCAAAACCUGAAAGGAAAAUGGAUGCACCAUUUGCAUCAUUCCGAAAAUCAAUGUUAGCUCUAUAUAUAAUAGGAUUAAUAAUACUUACUGUUGGAUUAAUUGUAGUUAUUGUAUUAGCACCAAUUGGAGAAUCAAUGGAAACAUUAAAAUCAAUGGUUAUGGGGGGCAGUAGUUAAACUAAAACUACUAUAAUAAAAACAAUUUUUUUUUUUGUUUUUUUUUAGUAUGUAAAACUGAAACAGAAUUAUUAUGUAAUUCUUAAAUUUUAAAAUAAAAUUGAGAUAAAAACAAACGAACAAAAUAUUAAUUAGUUAGAAUUAAAAAUAUAUAAAUACACGAUAAAAAAAAAAAACUGUUUAGGUAAAUUUUGUUAAUUUGUACUUAUAAAUUUAAAUUGAAAUUCGACUAAAUAAUGAAUCUCAUAUAGAAACUUGUAAAAAAGCAAAACUUUUAAAGUUAGUAUAAAUUAUUUAAUGAAAAUAGAGAAUGCUUUUAGAGAAUAGUUUAAAAAAAUAUAGAAUUAUUUUUAAUUAUAUUUAAUGAUCUAUUUUUAAAAAAUCUGUACAUAAUAUAUAAUUUAUGGUAAUAGAUCAAUAAAAUUUAAUUUACAUUAUUCUAUUAAUGAUCAAAAUAGUGUUAACUUUGUUUGUAUUUAAUUAUGAUCAUAAAAGCAC